GCCGCCCACAGAAUCACACACACAAACACUCUUUCUCUCUCUUCAAUGAACUAAUCAUAGAGCUUAGUGAAGUACCAAUUCAGUUUUUCUCUCUCUAAAUUUGGAUUUUCUCUUUUUUUAUCUUGCAAUUACCAGCCAAUAUCCCCAAUUUCACGAGGUGAACUAAAUAUAGACCCACGCAUUGGUCUAUUUGCGCCAUUUCUAGAGAGAGAGCGAGAGGAGAGAGAGAGAGAGAGGCAUGGCAACUCUGCCAUAAACCCAGGCCUCUAUCUAUCCGCCGAACCCACCCAUCUCUCACUUUCUCCGCGCCCCAUUCACCCAGGUGGGUCUUUCUCUCUCUACAAACUCUGCCUUUCUCUCGCUAGAAAAUGUACCCUGGUUUGAACCAUCACCAUGAACAAGUUCUAUCAAAUGAAGAGACCCAUGGUUCAGUUGAGGCGCCAGGCCUCGCCAUUGAUGCAUGUUUGGUUCUCACUACUGAUCCCAAGCCUCGGCUUAGAUGGACAGCUGAACUCCAUGAACGAUUUGUUGAUGCAGUUAUUCAGCUCGGAGGCCCUGAAAAAGCAACACCAAAGACAAUCAUGAGAACGAUGAAUGUAAAGGGGCUGACUCUUUAUCACUUGAAGAGUCAUCUUCAGAAAUACAGACUAGGAAAGCAGUCAAGCAAGGAAUUCUCAAAUGAAAACAGGGACGCUUCGAGCCUCUCAGAGGAUCAGGCCACUAGUUCGCCUCCAUCUUCAAGAGUAAUGACUCGGGAUAUGAACGAGGGCUACCAGGUCACUGAGGCUUUACGGGUUCAAAUGGAAGUACAGAGAAGAUUGCAUGAACAAAUGGAGGUUCAAAGGCAUCUUCAACUUCGAAUUGAUGCCCAAAGCAAAUACCUGCAGUCCAUGCUGGAGAGAGCAUGCAAAUACAUGACUGACCAAGCGAUGACCUCAGGCUCCAACUUAUCAGUAGAGCCACAAAACAAUCACCUUUCUUUCUCGCUCUUAUCCCAAUCAACACCUGACGAUAUAUCUGAAACAGCUGGUGUUCAAAAUAAUCUUGAAGACCCUCGAGCCCAAAUAGGGGAUUGUUCAGUUGAUAGCUGCUUAACUUCUCAGUCGGAGUACUCAAAUGGAGGGAAGAAAAGGUCGAGGCCCCCUUGCUUUGAAGCCAAUUCAACAAAUUGGGGAGAAGAUAUAGUUGGACUGAAUAUGGUGGGACAGGUUAAGAUGGUUAGAAAUGAAGGAAUUGAUUCAUGCGCGAGCAAUGUGGGGUUGCACUCUCCCCGGCUUGAGCAUUCGGGUUUGAGGAGGCCUUCUGUUUUUCUCGAUGCUGGUCCAGUUCAUGCAAAAGGUGGCAUAUAUUAUCUAUGAAAAAGUGCGCAUUCGCGAUCGUGAGAGAGAAACCCUUGGCUUUUUAAUACAUGGGUCAUGAAGGCUUUUUUUUCAGGGGGGAGGGCGGGUGGUGGGGGCAUACAAAAAAGUUGGAAGUGUACAGUGAAACCAAAAGGAGAAAGGAAAAAUUGAAGAACUUUUCAUUGUAGGAUGCUUUAUGAACUAUUUCCAUUCUUGUUUUAGGUCUUAAUUAUGAGAAAUUGGAGAUUACCACCUGUUCUACUUGAUUGAUAAUGGCUGAUUUAUGAGUUCCUCUCCAUGUAAUUCAAGAGAGAUGGCAACCAUCGUAAGUUGCAAAAUACAGCUUCUGAGAAUUCAAUACUUAGUUUCAUUUGCCUGUCUUC